UGGUCCUAUAGUUACAUUUUUCUUCUAGAAGGGUAGAGGGAGAAAACAUCCAGGAGUUUCACACAUCUAGAAAACGCACAACAGCGCAAUGUCAAGAUUAGUGGAGUGUGUCCCCAAUUUUUCUGAAGGCAACAACAAAGAGGUGAUAGAUGCUAUUGGCAAGGCCAUCUCUCAGACAGAGGGCUGCAUGCUCCUGGACGUGGAGGCAGGCCCUUCCACCAAUCGGACGGUUUACACCUUUGUGGGGACCCCCGAAGAUGUGAUUGAGGGUGCGCUGAAUGCAGCCAGAACAGCUUUUCAACUCAUUGACAUGGCAAAACAUAAAGGUGAACAUCCUCGUAUGGGAGCUCUGGAUGUUUGCCCAUUCAUCCCAGUGAGGAACGUUGCUAUGGAAGAAUGUAUUCACUCUGCUAAUGUAUUUGGAAAGUGUUUAGCAGAGGAACUGCAUGUACCUGUGUAUCUAUAUGGAGAAGCAGCACUCAAGGAGAGCAGACGAUCUUUGCCAGCCAUCCGAGCAGGAGAGUAUGAAGCCCUCCCUGAAAAACUCAAAAAAGAUGAAUGGAUUCCUGAUUUUGGCUCUGCAACCUUUGUUCCACGAUGGGGAGCAACAGUAACAGGGGCACGGAAAUUCCUCAUAGCAUAUAAUGUCAAUUUGCUGUGCACAAAGGAGCUGGCACAUCGGAUAGCCCUUAAUGUUCGGGAGCAGGGCCGUGGCGAGGAUCAGCCUGGGCGGUUGAAGCAAGUGCAAGGCAUGGGCUGGUAUUUGGAUGAGGAAAAUAUUGCUCAAGUCUCUACAAAUUUGUUGGACUUUGAAACCACCCCACUUUACAUGGUCUAUGAGGAGGUCUGCAGUGAUGCCAAGGAACUCAAUCUGCCAGUGGUGGGAUCUCAGCUAGUAGGUCUAGUCCCCAAAAAGGCCAUGUUGGAUGCAGCAGAAUUUUAUAUCAACAAAGAAAAUCUCUUCAUCCUUGAGGAAGAUCAUAAAGUCAGACUGGUAAUCAACCGAUUGGGGCUGGAUUCUUUGUCUCCAUUCAAUCCCAAGGAGCGCAUCAUUGAGAACAUGGUGCAGGAUAACAAAGAGAGGGGAAGCCUGACAUCUUUGCCUCUUCGUGCUUUUGUGCAGAACGUUGGUGCGAGGUCAGCUGCUCCUGGAGGAGGAUCAGUAUCUGCAGCAAUGGCGUCUUUGGGGGCAGCUCUGGGCUGCAUGGUGGGUUUGAUGACAUAUGGAAAGCGCCAGUUUGAGGAACUAGACUCAGUUAUGAGGCAGCUCAUACCUCCGUUCCAUCAGGCCAUGAAUGAGCUAGUAGUCAUGGUGGACACAGACUCCUCCGCUUUCAGCAGCUACAUGGAUGCUAUGAAGCUUCCUAAGAACACACCUGAGGAGAAAGAAAGGCGUGCAGUAGCCAUGCAGCUGGGCCUGAAAGAAGCCAUUGGUGUCCCCUUUUCACUGGCAGAAAAAGUUCACUCGUUAUGGCCUGUUCUUAAAAAAAUGGCUCAGCAAGGAAACUUAGCCUGCAAAUCCGAUAUUCAGGUGGCAGCUAAAGCUUUAGAAGCUGGUGUGUUUGGUGCCUAUUUCAAUGUUGUCACAAACCUGAAAGAUAUAACAGAUGAAAGUUUUAAGCAACAGGUACAUGGGAAACUCUCACAUUUCUUGGAGGACGCCAAGAAAAGUGCAGCAUUUGUGCUAGAGCAGCUGGAGAGGCGGACACUGUGAAGGAUAUACAAGCAGCAGCUUAUCUAAGCAUGUAUAAUCCCCAUUGGUAGUAUCACCAAGCUGCGUGUGGAUAGACCCUUUGACUGAGCCCAAUACCGAAGUAUCCUUGCCUGCUUUCUGCAGGAAUACAGCUAUAAAUAUAGAAUUAAUUGUGCUGUAUUCCUAGUGUUACACGUCAUCUCUACUGUGCCAGUGAGGUGUGAUCUGUAGUCU